GCUGCCCCGUUCACACGGCCGAGGAGCGGGUUCAGCGCUCGGCAGCCUCCGGCCAGCAGGCGGCGCAGUGUCUGCCGCCGGGGAGAGCGUCGGGACGGGACGCGAGACCGGCAGCGCACGGUGCCGCCAUCUCUUGGCGCAAGACGACCCAUAGCACUUACUGAACCCUUGCAAGACUGGGUGUGCGCCUGGUUGGAUUUGCCUGGGGGAGUUUCUCUCUUCCCCCCCCGGGGGGGCCUGAUGUCUCCCUGUCUCCCCACAAUCUGCCCAAGGCCGGUGGGAAUGGCCCGUUGCCGUGAUCGUUGGAAUUCCAGCAGCAAGGUUGCAUCUGGCUGUGUGCACCCGCCCAGGUGUCUCGUGGCUUUGGGGAGCGGUGCUAGCUCUCUCUGACUUGCAAAGCUUUGCCCACUUGGUCUUCCGUGGUGGGAAGAAUGGGCUCAGUUUCGGAGCUGUUCACGGCAGUUCCCCUUCACCAGAGGCCGGAUCUGGUGGAGGUCUGUGCCGAGCUCAUCAACGAAGAGUGGAAGAAAAGCAAGACCUCUCGCAUGUACUCACUCCAGAAGUCCACAGACAACUUCCCCAUGUGUCUGGUGCUGAUUAAAACCCAAAGGGCCACAGAGGCUGCUGAGGAAGGGAAGAUGGCAAAGACCCAGCUCCUUGGGCACGCCAGGUUGUCCCGCGUAGUCAGCCACCCCGAGAGCUUGUUUGUGGAAACGGUAGUGGUUUCCAGGGCGCUGCGGGGCCAGGGGUAUGGCCGGAAGCUGAUGGAAGCCACCGAGCGCUACGCCAAGUCCCGUGGCUUCAGGCACCUGCAUCUCACCACACAUGACAAGCAGCACUUCUAUGCCCACCUGGGCUACACCACAUCUGAGCCGGUGCAGAGCAUGGGGUUCAUGAGCUCCCUGGUCCCCAUGGAGUUCCUGCAGAUGUUCUCCAGCCCCCCUCCUCAUGCUAGAGCACCUGCUUGGGGACUGGGAAAGCCCAGCCCCACCACCUCCCAUCUUAGCAGAACUUCAGGAGCCAACCUGCCUCCACUACCGUCCUCCACACCCCCUGCCCAGUGCACCACCAUUGUGUGCCCACCACCACCUCCGCCACCAUUGCCACCGUCUCUGUCUCCACCGACCUGCUCUUUAAACUUCUCACAAUCUGCCAUUCCUCCUCCACUCCCCUUGCCACCUUCACCUCACCAUGCUUCCCCUUUCCAUUCCAAGACUGCUGCUGCUGGGCUCCCUCCCCCACCCCCUUUACCUGCACCAGCUGCCCAUGUAAGCUCUGCACACUUUCCGCCCCCUCCCCCUGGUCCUCCACCACGCCUCCUCCCUCUGCCAGGCCAACCAGGUUCUCCUGGCCCCAUCGCCUCCAGUCCAGCAGGGAAGGAGCCCUAUGAUCACAGCCUCCUGAAGACACCGUACCGCGACCUCAGAGGGCUCCCCAUCUUCUGGAUGAAGAAGGACAUUUGACUCCUGCACGGUGUGCCAAUGAGCUGCUGAUUAAAAGUUGGGGGUGGGGAGAACUCUCCCCCCCCCACUUUACCCACUGCUUGGUUGUUUUAGUUUUGACUCCAGUGGGGUGGGGUGGGAGUCCAAAUCCCAGUCAUUCC